AUGUCAGAUUCGGAUUUAGCGCAGCCGAUUACGUAUUGUACACUAGAGCUCAAGCAAAAAGCAAUUGCACCCUUGGGGACCUUUCCUCAGAAUGGACUAAAUAUUGACCGUAAAAAACUUCAUUUAAUAAUUCAAAUUUUGUUACGACCAUCGCAUAAUAAUGGUCACAGACUUCUUAAUUACUUUACACUGAAAGACGUAUUUUUGUCACCUCUGAGUGAUAUGAGAUUAUUUCAUGUUGAAAUUGUCAUUCUAACUUAUGAAAAUAAUACUAUCCGUUAUGAAGGACAAAUUGAUAACGGUAGAAGGUGUGGUGAAGGACACUGCUUGUUUCGAUGUGAAGAAGAAUUAUUUGAAUGGACAGGACUAUGGAUGAAUGAUAUGUGGAUGAAAGGUGUUCUAACAUGUGAAGGUGGAAUCCAGUGUAUGGGUCAAUGGAGAGGAAAUAAAAAUGGCGGCGUGUUUUUUAGUCAAGAUGGUGAUCUGUAUAUAGGACAAUGGUUUCAUGGAAUUGCGCACGGACAUGGCACAUAUAAAACUGCGGAUGAGUACUACAUAGGCGAAUGCAGAUAUGGACAGAAAGUUGGCAAAGGUAUUUUAAUGUAUUCAAUAGGAGAUAAAUAUGAAGGCACAUUCAGACAAGGUCUUUUAGACGGUUUUGGGACAUUCACAUUUGAAAAUGGUGAAAAAUAUGUCGGUGAGUUUAAAAACGGAAAUUAUUUUGGACAUGGAACGUUGACUUUAGCGAACGGCAAUUAUUAUGUGGGUGAAUUUAAAAAUGGUGAAAAACAUGGUCGAGGAGUGUAUACGUGGAAUAACGGAGAUCGAUACGAGGGCGAAUUUAGAAAAGGUUUGAAAGAUGGCUAUGGCGUUUACACAUGGGCAUUUGGAAGUCGACACGAAGGAAAUUAUAGAGAAGGUAUCAAACAAGGAUGGGGUAAGCAGACAUGGCCUAAUGGGUCUACAUAUGAAGGUGAAUACAAUGAUUGUAUGUUUCAUGGUCGAGGAAAACUAACGCUACCUGAUGAAAGUUACUAUGAUGGAGAAUUUAAAAACGAUGUCAAACACGGCCAAGGUGUUGAGAUGUACUCAGAUAAAAGUAUUUAUGACGGUCAUUUUAAAGAUGGUAAAAGAGAUGGUCAUGGGACUUUGACGUGGGAAAAUGGUGAUAAAUAUGUCGGAGAAUUCAAAGAUGAUGUCAGAAAUGGACACGGUAUGAUUACUUUUAUAUCCGGUGGCCGACUGGAAGGCGAAUUUGAAAAUGGUCUAGCGAAUGGAAAAAUUGUAUAUAGCGAUGCGAAUGAAGUUGGUUAUGUUGGCGAAUGUAAAUUAGGUAAACGACACGGAUAUGGAAAACAAAAAUGGGCUGAUGGAGAUGAGUACGAAGGAGAAUGGAAAGCAGAUGAUUUUGAUGGUUGGGGAGUGCUGAGCGUCACUUCGGGUGAGAAAUAUUCGGGAUCGUGGCUAAAAAGCUUGAAACAUGGAGUAGGAUUGUAUACUCAUCCUGAUGGUAAACAAUAUCAUGGUGAAUUUCAGAAAGAUUGUAGACAUGGCUGGGGAACAUUUAUGUUUCCGUCUGGUAGUUGUUUUGAAGGUGAAUGGUUUGAAGGAGAGAGAAAAGGUAAAGGAACCUAUCGGUGGCCAGAUGGAACAGAGUAUGUGGGAGAAUGGGGAGAUGAAAUCAGUGGUGAUCAACAUCAUAACGGAGUGUGGAGAGAGACUAGUGCCGGAUAA